AUGAGCAGUGUGACGGCUUUUGCAUCAGCACUGGCAGCAAAUCUUUGCACCGCUGUAGAUGGGUCAAUGGCCUUUUGCUUCGUGAGAGACGUUGAGACUGAACAGCUCCUAGGGGCAUAUGCGGCUCGCCCAGCCGUUUCUGGUCAACAGGAUGCCCGCCAUGCCGCCACGGGACACGAUAAUCAAGGUGAAUGCGUAGAUGUUCCCUACCAGCCAGGCAGUGCAGUGGAGAAAAAUAGAACGAUGAUGCCCAUUAGCCCAAAGGGGGCUUUACAAAGCUGUUUAAGCGCCUUCACAGUAAAGGCCACGACGAGUUGUCCGUGCAGUGGACCCCCACCUUGUGGAGAGCUCUCUCUGGAAAAUAUGAGCCCAGAAUCGAUGGCCUUUCUCUCUGCUUUGUUUGCUGAAGACGCCAGAGCCAGUAACUCCUGUUCGCCCCUCCCUGCGCAACCCCCAGCUGAGGGUGAAACUGGUUCAGAAGCGCCAUCGCAGAACCGUUGGGGCAGCAAAUCUUUCCAGAAGUGUCAUUCAGGGGAGAAUACAGCUGUCCCUUUAGACGUGAGAUUGGGUCAGCCUGAAGGAGAAAGCAGUACACGUGAUCAUCCGAUAGGGAAGCCAUCUAGUGGGGUUGUCUCAGAGGUACCGUCACUUCCGCCGUCAGAGCUGAUUGUGCUGACAUCUGAUGGCUUAGUGGGAUAUCUCGUGAACGAUCUGAAAGGAGGUUCAAAGGCAUAUUGCUAUGAGCCAGCUACAGGGCGGCUCUCACCUGCGCCAGCGAAAGAUUUGUCUAAGGCGGGCCAGCCUGGCGGACUCCGAGACUCACUACCCCGUGCAUCGGAUCAAGGUUUCCUGAUUGGUUGCCGAAUGGAAGGCGAAGGAGCACUGAGUGCAUGCACAGCCAUGGCAGAAGCCCGCGUAUCUUACGUGGGUCCUGGGACGAAGAGACUCCCUUCGUUUCCAAGUGGUGUUCCUAGCAAUGUACCGCAUCCAACUGCCCAGCCGGAUGGCUCACUGCUUGGGACUCGGCUAGCUUCUGUAGAGUCUGUUGUUAGUGCGGGAGAUGCUUUAAAAGCAUCUCCAUUGCCCCGUUUAGCCCCACGGGCGCGCCUGCCGUAUCUUCCUCGAAUAUCAAAUGGCUUGCAUGACUCCAUUCCGCUGUUGUUUUCGGCCACCCUGGAGCAUCCUACUGCCGCGAUGGACGAGGGAACGACUUUCCGGUGCCCGGAAAGUGCAUCCAGUGGCCGAGGUUCACGCGCUUCAACGGAAACGCACUCGGCAAUCCUGUCCUCCCGUAGAAACUUGGGCACUGAGACUCCGCUGCUGACAGCUCAGCCAGAAAUGGGCCUUUUUGUAACGCCUUCGAGUUCAGCCGCAGCUGACUUUCCCUGUGAGCGACCGUCCGUGGAUAAUGAUGUCCGCGAUGACAGUACUGGUGGUGCGUCCAUGUUGCACUCUCUGCAGUCGGACGCGACCUUAGGAGUCGUCUUUUGUCUCAAUGCCAAGAGGGUUGAUGCGCACGCUCUGCUGGAGGCAAUUGCUAACGUGUGCGCUCCUCCUAUGGCACUUCUUCUCCAACAACAAUGGCUUCGCAGAGACAGGUUUAAGCGUGUUCUCCAGCUGGAGCUUCAUCGUACUGUAUUUCAGGAAACAUCCAUACCCAUCAGGAUGAUGCAGCGCCUUCUGGCACUAGUCCACGCCGCUGUUGGAGCGGAGGCGGCAGCCUUUUUCAUUGCAGAUACUCAGAACAGGAACUUUAUUUGUCUUGGGGGCCACAAGAGAGCAACGGGCCUCAGUCUAUGCGGAGACCACCGGCUCUUGGGAGAGGCAGCUCGCCAGCGAGGCAGGACAGUUAUUUUUAACUUCCUUCCAGAGGGAUUCAAUGCAGAGUACGACUCGCGUGCACGCUUCGAAAGCAAGCACGCCAUGCUGGUCCCCUUGCUAAAUACCCAAGGUCACGUGAAAGCUGUGGUGGUGCUGCUUAACCGGCUGCAGUGCACAUGCGAGCGCAUGAAAGAAGUAGCAGAAGACGCAGAGAGAAAAUGUGCUUGUGAUGGUCACGUUCGUCGCCUCGAGCCGUUGUCUCUGGCAGUAGAUGCGUGGAGCGCUGCGACAGCUCCUUGUGAGAACUGCGCCAGAAGGAAUGUGAACGAACUGAUUCACGAAACAUUAAUGCGCGCUAUCCAGUGCGAGAUGCAGCAUUGGCUCGGCGGCCAAUUAACAAAUGUCUGCAUGGCCGGCAUGAGUCUUCUUCAGCCCAUGGAAACAAUGGUCUCCUACGUCAUGGGGGGGCAAAGACAGGGACACCGGAACACAAGGCCUCUCUGCGCAGUCAUGGAACAAAUUGAAAACUUUGUCCUUCGUGACAAACGCAUGAUGCUGUUAAGCCUUCGUCGUUGUGCUUCGGUGGCGGUGACCAAGCCCAUUUCAUACUCCUGGACAGAUGCUGGAGCGACACAGGGUUUGCGCAGCACUUCUUCACGUCAUUCAGCGGAGCAGGGCGUGCGGCUAGUCCAUUCCAGCAGCGCCCCGCUUGUCCUCUACUCUGGUCUGCGUCACUCUUCCACGGGAGGAGAGGAGUUGAAGUCUACUCCGCAGCAUGUGGAGGACAGCACAUCGGAUGAAUUGCUGGCAUUUCGGCACAAGCGAAGAGCCUCCCUUCCAUCUCUGGUUUUUUCUGCGACCCUCCAAAGGUGCACGCGGCCGUUUGAUGAUAUCCGCAAACAGGUAUUCGCUGACUCUAGACGGUUGGACCUGGACAUUUGGCGGAGGACGGCGGACGAACUACAACUGUUCUUCCUUCUGGCUUUAGAAGAGCUGGGCGUGAUGGUGAAGAGUGAAAAGGCUGCACUACAAGCAUUUUUUGCUCUCAUACGCGAUGCAUACCACACCGAUAACCCUUACCACAACUUCUAUCACGCAAUGCACGUAGCACAGAUGUGCUGGCUUUUUUUGACGCGGUACUCUUGCAGAGAUGCAUUGACGCUCACGGAGCAGCUGGGUCUAAUGCUGGCGGCCUUGGCGCAUGAUGUUGACCAUCCAGGAGUAAACAACAACAGCCUCAUCGAGCAGCAGCACCCUCUUGCGAUUAUCUACAAUGAUAAGGCGGUUCUAGAAAACCACCAUGCUGCUUUCGCUACCAGCGCCAUGAUGAAGCUUGGGUUGUUUUCUCACAAGGCGAAAAGCACGAAAAAGUCGCCCUGCCCACGUUCGUCUGCCUUGUCGAGCGGCUCUGCAGUGGCGGAUGUGGAGCAGCCCUUUCUAGUCUCGUCAGCUUUUGGAGCUGUGCGCCAGCAGAAUGAAGAGGAACACGACUGCGCAGAUGAUGAAGAUGACCACGCGUUUUAUCCAUCCUUUGCAGAAAUCCGCAGAGUUCUUAUAACCUGCAUUUUGGCCACUGACAUGGAGCUAUUUAGACAGCAUCAUGAGGCAAUGAGAAAGAGAGGUCAAAUGAAAAGAAGUACAGGAGACUUCUUGAGUAGUGAUGAAGAUCGCACAUUACUGGUCACAUGUCUGAUCCACUGUGCAGACAUUAGCAACCCUUUGCUUCCUGAACGCCGAAAUGUGCAGUGGGCCUCUCUUAUUAUUCAGGAGUUCAAUGCCCAGGUGGAGAUGGAGAGGCACAAAGGGCUCCCAGUGACGGUCUUCAUGGACGCUCGUACGGAGCUGCUCAGGACGCAGUCCCAAAUAGGCUUCUUGUCUUUUGUUGUCCUGGACCAGUUCCGAGCUCUGGCAGACUUGGUUCCUGGUGCGGAAGAGUUAGUUGUUCAAGGAGAAAAAAAUUUGGAGGACUGGCAGUCUGCAAUGGAUAUCCUGCGCGAGGCCGAGCGCCGGGACGCGUGA